AUGAAUACCACGAUUCGAUCAUCUCUUUUAACUCUUCCACCGGAAACAUUUCUUCAGAUUUGUAAAUCACUUUCACCGGCCGAUUUACUCUCCCUAUCAACUGUUUGCAAGACAUUUUAUAACGAUCUAUGUCACAGCGAUUCCAUAACUAUCCAAGAGAUUUGGCGUCAGUCACGACUUGAACAUAUCCCGUGUCGAGAAUUAGGUCCACUUGAAGGCAUGACAGAACGAGAUUAUAUAAGAUUUUUAAUGGAAGAUAAAUGCGGGUUCUGUGGAGUCAAGAAUAGGGUUACAAGAAUUUACUGGGAACGAGGAGUUCGCGCAUAUGGCAACAAAAACUGGCGUUACUGGUUUAACCAAGUACAGUCUAAAAAUACUGAAUUCCAACUUCUCUCUCAGCAAGAACGCGAUGAUUGGGUCAAACAACAGUCUCUUGUUUUCUCUCAACGCGAACAACAACUUAUAUUGCGUCGUCAGGAGGAUGAUAAAUGUCGAGAACAUGUAUUAAUUGAGCGAAGAAAAGCUAUAAAUUCAAAAUUAGAAGAAAUGUGUUCGCUGAAAAAUCCUGAUGGUAGUCAGAA